AUGAUUACACUUGUGCCAAACACAAAGUACUAUCUGUUCAAUGGUUCAAAGAUACUGCUUGGUUCGACAGUGUCAUCGAUGCUCACGUUCACAAUUACACCCAGACCAGAAUCACAACCAACUUCCAUUGAUACUGAUGUAUUGGCAGCCAAUUUUGCACCUGUUUCGCCAGCCAAACAGUCACCACCAAAGCCAGUGCUGCUGCCACCUCAAUCUCAAACGAUUAUUCCUGAGCAGCAACAGCCACAGGCACAGCCACAGUCACAAAAGAGAAAGUUGGAUGAGGAGGAGCAGUAUGAUGAUGAUGAUGAUGGCCCUCCCCCACCUCCAUCAAGAACAUCAGGUUUGGAUCAUGAUCCUUUCUCUCAUACUGCACACUCGAGCGACUCCACUGUGGACACAUUUGUACAUAAGAAACCAAAGACUGAUCACACUCCUCCUGCUGUCACCGCUGUCCCCGCGGCAGCUCCUUCACCCGCUGUCUCUGCACCACAAGAUAUCACUUCAGUCAAUAGUGAUGAUAAUGUUGAUGUCAAUGUCAAUAAGGAGCCAUCACAACAGGCAUCUACUUCACCACCCGUACAAUCAAUGGCAGCACAAUCAUCAAUCGAUUCAUUGGAACAUGAUAUAGACUCAUACUUUACAACAACGACUACAACCGCAAUGGCAGACGAUCAAACUAUUGUUGCACAAGAUGGAUCAGACAAGACGACAGGAAUAGGAACAGACACGACCAAAGAGAUGGUAGCAGAAUCACAACCUGCAUCCAAGCCUGUGUCCGUGGCACAGACAAAGUCACCCGAGGUAGAGGAGAAGGAGUCUAAUGUGACAACAUCUUCAUCCCCACCACCACCUCCUCCAAACUCAUCACCAACCUCAGUGCCUCAACCUCCUCCUCCUGCGCCUCAACAACAAUCACCGCUGCCUCCAACAGAAGUUGUUCCUGAGGAGGAGUCUGACGAACAACAAGUCACCUCUCCUUCACCACCACAACCCCAACAACAACAAGAGCCUCCACAACAACAAGACACCGAGAUGGAUAUGGAUGAGCCAAUUGAAUCACCAAUCCAAUCCUCGCCACCAUCCUCCAAACAAUCAACUCCAACUCCAACACCAACAUCGACAAAGAAAAAGACACCAGCAAAGAGGGCAUCCAGGGCAACAAAGUCAACGCCAACAACACCGACAAAGAGCGAGGUCACUGAUGACGAUGGAUCAGUUGUAGAGGAUAUUAGUGUGUUGGUCGAUGCGCCUGUAUCAUCAAAUGAGGAGCAACCAACAGAGACACCAAAGAAGGGUACACGUGCCGCUGCUUCUGCCAAGAAGACACCAGUCAAGGCGCCAAGUAAAUCACCGGCAAAGAAGCGUGCGGCCAAGACCGCAGCCAAGACAUCAGACGCUGAAGUAGACCAGUCCGCCAUCUCCCCUCACAAACAUCCAAAGAUUAUAUUCUCAGGUGUCGAAGAGAAGACCAUUAAUACCUUGACAAAGAUUGUACAUAAGCUUGGAGGAGAGGUAGUUGAUAAUGUUGAGGAAUGUACACAUUUGAUUAGUGACAAGUUGAUUAGGACUGUAAAGAUAUUGUUGGCGAUUGCUAAUGGCAAGGAGAUGGUCGGCAUCCAAUGGCUAAAGGAUUGUGGCAAGGCAGGACACUUUUUGAAAGAGGAUGAAUAUAUGCUGAGUGAUGCCAACGCAGAGAAAGAGUGGAAAUUUGAACUUAGGCAAUCACUGGAGCAUGCGAGAAACAUCAUCAACAACAACAGUAAUCUUAAGAAGCCAUUGGAUGGAUUGUCAUUCUUGGUGAUGGAACAUUCUGCUCCGCCCAAGGAUGUCAUUCAAGAUUUGAUCAAGGCUGGCGGCGGCCAUGAAGUGGAUGCGUCAGCCAUCACUGCAGACAGUGACACCAUCAUUAUAGCCAGUGAGAAGGAUCGUCGACAGCUCAAGUCCUUCCUAGACAUUGGUGCCACAGUCCAUACUGGCGAACUACUCUUACUUGCAACACUUAGACAAAAGAUAGACCUUAACGAAUGUCGAUUAAAUAUCCCAUAA